AUGCACAAAGCUGAAAUAUUCCCAAUAGCUAGAAAUGCUUCAGUAAAUAUUGACGAUUCUAUGACGGCUGCGACGGGUCGAGCGUCUUCUUAUCAAUCGUCCAAUUAUCCUUUUAGUCAUCUAAUAAAACCGUUAAUGAAGAAUACGGCUCAACGCAUAACAACCGUUUCUAAAAACGGCGAGAUUGCAGACCGCUUUACACCUUCGGAAGCUGUAGUUUCCCAUCAACUUAAAACGAAUUCCCAAAAUCAUGCUUUCUCAUACUCAAAUCCUUCUCAGUCUACGAACAAUUUAUAUGCAUUUCCGCCUGAUAAUACGAACUACCCAAUAGCCCAUAAGAGGCCCGAUAAUUUAAAGAAUUCAUAUUCGCCGCCUCCUUCUGGCCCAUUGAACGAAGACAACGACAAUGUGGAGAUUCAUUCUCCUGUUGCAACAAACAAUGAUUACAAAUAUCCAGGACCUUUAAAUCCAGAUCAUUUGGCUGCGUUAGCGGAUAAUGAGCCAGUAAUAGAACAGUUAGACGAUGAUAACAGCAAUGAGAUGAACUUGCCUGAUUCAUCAGGUAUGUUAGGGGUUUUACCAGCUAGUGCUAUGGAAGAGAGUAGUGAUAACGGCAUGGACGCAAUGAUGACUGCUGUUAAUGCCUCUGAAAACGAACAAGAAUAUCCUACACCACCACCUGGCUGGUUGCAAGAACAUCCGGAGGCUGUUAGCAAUCCACCGCCCUCACGACCACAGCUUUCGAAUUAUCUAUCUCUACAAAGCCAUGAUCAUCACUUAACACCUUACAAUCAUCAUCACCAUCAUCAUCAUCAUCAGCCAUCGGUUUACUCUCAUCAUCAUCCUGAACUUAUUUAUGCUGAUGAUCAUUUCAAACAUGGUCCUUACAGCCCUCAUCUUCAUUACUAUCCUCAUUAUCAUACAACUACGACCACCCAAGCUCCGCCACCUGAGCCGCCGCCCGAGCCAAGAGUUAAAAAAUACAGUUAUUUCUAUAUUGGGCGCAAAUUAUGGUAUAUUCCGCUAUACUUCACUGUAUGGUUUACUUUUUAUGUCCUGUGGUUGAUAUUAAAAUCAAUUGCCAGACAUAAGGUCAAUUUGCCCAAUCACUAUGUAAAUCGGCGAAGUUUAGAGAAUUACGAUUUAAGAAAGACACAACAAAAUCGAAUCGAUCAACUAACAACGACAAUUUUCAGUAAUCUCGACCGUUUUCAAAAUAAAUAUUUGAGAUGA